ACGGUAAGAAGUCCGUUUUGUCCUUGAUGGUUGCCCAUCUCUCAUUCCUUUUCAGUACAUGCUUUCCAUGCGUCGAUCAUUGUAGUGCAUCGACUGCUUCCACUUUUCUUCUCGACUUUUUCCUUCCGUUGUAGGGCAGGGCUUCCCUGUGAUUCUUUAAAAUCAGAGAGCUCCCCUAUUACCACUGCAGCAGAGGCAUGAGUACCGCACGUAUUUCUACAAGGUCUUCAAACUUUACACAAAGCUAUGGAUCGCAAGACACUCCACCCUCUGUUCUGUUACGCAUCUUCAGCUCUGUCUCUUUCACUCUUGAGGUACUUGCCGUUGUUGCCGAUCUACAGGUAAAGCUUCCAUUUCCAUAUUAAGGUUCCAUUUUUCUUCAUUUCUGGGAUUUGGGUUUUAAUUUCAGUAAUUUAUUUUUAUUAAAUUUGGUUGUGUGGUUAAUAAUUUUUCUUCUUAAUUUUACUAAUAUUUUGAGUUCUUUUUUUUUCCUUUACAAAUUUCAAUUAAAUUGCAUGCAGUUGAAUUAUUUUAAAAUUCCCUGUAUAUUUAUUAUUUGUUUCCAGUAGGUAAUCAGGUAGUAUAUUUUAUGAAAACUCUGAUUAAUUUUUACAUGUUCUUCUUUUCUACGUGAAGUGAAAAAAGAAGAAAAACUCUUAACUUUAAUCAGAUGUCCACUGAAAAGAAAACAAAUCACAUUAUAGACCAGUACCUUUUUGCAGUCUUCUUGACAACAACUUAUCUGGGUAUCUUCCGCCAGAGUUCUCGGGAGUUGCCAAGCUUAUUAAUAUUGUAUGUUUUCUUACUUCGGAACAUAAAUUUGUGCCUUAAUUAUGUUUUCAUCCUUUCCUUUCUUAAAUUUGUGCCUUACAAUCUCUAUUUAUUCAUACAUCAGAUUUAAAACUCCAACUACGGAGGUGUAAAUCCAAAAGAUUUGUGAUUAAUCAUAGCAACAAUAGAGGGAAUCAUAGUUUUUGUUGGGAAACACAUAUUUCCAACCACUGCAGGGAACAUCUCCUGUUUCUAUCUGAUGUUAUAUCACAUUAGGUGAUGGUGCUGGUUGUUUGGAAUGACAAUCGAGAAGUAGCUCUUAAUAUUUAACAUGACGAAUCAUGUCAAGAUUGAAUAUGUUUGUGUUUUUGUUGUUUCUUUCAGGAGUUUGAGGAACUGCAACUAACAAUGGCCUAUUCCUGAUUUCAGUAGGAUUCCAAACCUUGGUUAUGCAUAGGUUCAAGUUUAAUUGUGUAAAAAAUGGAGAGAUUGAUCGCCGUCACUCAUACCUGCGUUUCAGGAAACAAGUUUGUCUCUUGCCAAUUUUGUGUACCCACUUUUUAUUCAUGAUGGUCAAGAUGGGACACCUAUCUGGGCAAUGUUGGGAUGUCCAGGCUUGGGUGGAGACGUGUACUUAUGGAAGUGGUCAAUCAAGCAGAUAAGAUUCGGAAAGAAAACUCCACAUCUGUUGCCAGCAGUGCUCAUGAGGAGAAGUAUAGGAAACCAAAGCCUACAAAUCUGAAGCCUUUUAGGUUUAGAACUGAUGAAAGAGGGAUGUUUAAGGAAGCAACUUUGGAGGAAAAAGCUCAUGCACCAUUGAAGGAGAUCACAUUAGUCAUUACUCCAGGAGCAAAGUCAACAAGCAAACAUCAGAAUGUAAUACAGACAAAACAUUGGAGCAGUUGGUCAUAUUUAGAAGAGCAAACGAGGAUUGAGUUCUUGGUGUUGCAUGAAGUUGAUGCGCAUUAGAUGGACAUCCAUCCCGUCUCCAAUGGAAGAAAUUUGAUGUCACCAUCUUCAGCUUUCCUCAUGCAGGCCAUUACUCUUGGCUAAGUGAAAAGUACUCGGACCUUAUUGAGUAGCUCACUAAUUAUUCAUUUCAAUUAAUUGCUGAUUAGGAUAUUAUGUGUAAAUAGGAUUGUAAAUAUGUUAUACAUAUAAUUUUCAAUCACACAGCAACGCGCGGGCACCAUUGCUAGUAACAGUCUAUAAUCCUAAUAUGACACAACAACGUGUGGUCUAAUAUCUAAGUGAAUAGGGUGUUGGGUUUCUAGCCAUACUUCUUGGGUUGGAAACUCCCCCCUAUCCUUAAUUAUAAUAGUUUUGAACCAACCACUACCGCGC